AACACCGUAAAGUUUAGAAGGGAGGCAACUUUGAAAUUCGAUACAUUUGCUUCCGGGUUUUAAAAGGCGUGGCAUUAUCUUCCACUCUGUCGCUUAGUCAGGGAGAGAUUAUUUGUAUUUUCUUGUCGGAACAUAUUUGGCUAAAAUGAGUACAUCAGCUGAGUUUGAGAACCCCGAAGUAUUCAAAGAAGCACAGGCCUCUGUUAGGAAUGACUCUUCGGAGGACAUGUUUGUGAUUGUGUCGCACGUGGACAAUGAUCCUGCAAAACUUCAGGUGUUAAAGGUCGGACAGAAUGUGGAAGAAAUUAGAGAUUACAUGGACAGUCAACAGGUCAUGUACGUUCUGGCCCGAUACAAGAGCACCUAUGACAUGUCAACCACGGUCAAGUUUGUGUACUUCAGAUGGUUAGGUGAAGAUGUUGCGUUUACUAAGAAAGGCAAGUUUGCUGUUGUCCACGGCAGCGUUCGGGAGCGAUUCAAUCCAUACCAUCUUUCCAUUGAGACAGGGUCUGUGGACGAUUUUCAAGAGGAGAAAAUACAACAACAGCUAGAAGAAAACACAGGAAAGAAAUCCAAGGUUCUAGAGUCGACAGAAGGCCAUCAAAUGAGAGGAUUUACUGCAACAGAACUGCCAAAACGAGGCCCCGCACCUAAAUCUGGUCCCCAGGUGUCAAGCCAGGGGGCAGUAAUUGACAUCGAGGAGGAUGUUUUGGAGGCCAUCGCACAGGUGCGGUCCGACGAAAACCCCACCAAGUGGAUGGUCGCAGAAUACCAGGCUGGAAGUCCGAAGGGUCCGCUGGUGUUGACAGGAAGCGGGGAAGGCGAUAGCGGGGAAAUUCUCGAAGUUCUAGCAGAAGACAAACCCAUGUAUGCUCUAUACAGGACAACAGAUGUGGUUGACGCUAUUACUAUCGUGAAGUUUGUGUAUAUAACCUGGGUAGGCAAUGCAGUUAAACCGAUGACAAAAGCAAAAAUCUCCACACAUAAAGGCUCCCUAGAAAAGGCUUUCGGACCAUUCCAUGUUGCUAUUUUCGCAUCAGAUGAGUCAGAAAUAUCGGAAAAGGCCAUUGUUGAAAAGGUUUCUUCGGCGUCCGGGACAAAGUCGUUUGUUAAGUGAAUCUGGUGUGAUCAUUGACAUGGAAACUGACGGGUUACUAUGGAAACUGACUGAUUACAAUUAAAACUGACUACUUACUGGUUACUUCGGAAACUGACUGGUUACUAUUUAAACUGACUUGUGACUGGUUACUAUGGAAACAGACUGGUUACUUUUGAAACUGACUUGUUACUAUUGACACUGACUACUUACUGGUUACUAUGGAAACUGACUGGUUGCUUUAGAAACAAAAUCUUCAUCUUAAAUAAGUGUACUAGAGUCUCUUUGUCUCAUUUUUUGUCAAAUUACCUCAUAUUCUAUGCCAAAAAAAUGUAUUCACUAUAUAAAGGGGUUCUGGAGCGGUAUUCUUAAAACUUCUUUAGUCUUUCCUAACUUAAGUCAGUUUCUUAAAGUUUUCAUAGUCAAAUUAAAGGAAAUGUAUGUGGGGUUUUUACAUCAACAUAUUUUUUUUUUAAAUAAUGGUCAAUGAAAAUAAUGUAUUUUGUAAAUUCUUUAUUUUUUACUUCAUAUUACUAAAAAGAUACUAAAAGUAGGAAAGCGAUUUACAGCUGCACUCUCACAGAUUGAAUGUUUUGACAACUUCUUUUUUUUUUGUCUUGGAACGAGCCAAUUUUUGCGAAAAUUCAUGGUAACCAGUUACAUAAGACUGCCGACAAAAAAUUGAUCUCAGAUUUUUAUAUUUAAGUUCAAAAAAAAUUAUGCAUUUUUCUUAAACCGUAAGUAACGGUUUCUUAAACCAUUAGUAACGGUUUAAGCCAUAAAACAUUAAUUUUCGAAUGGAAAUAUGAAAAUCUAUGAUCUGAUUUUUUGUUAGCAAUCAUAAAUCAUUGGUUAGCAGAUAUUUACACAAAAAUUUGCCUUUUCCAAGGCAAAAAAUAAAAAUGUUGUAAAAGUAGUAUAUCUGUGAGAGUGCAGCUUUAAGUUAGGAAAUGACUUACCCCAUUAAAAAGAAGUGUUAUGAAUACCACCUAUGAAGUUUACAGUUAAUCCUAAAAUCAGGAUAGAAGGCUUUAAACUACGGACCACUGUACAGUUGUAAAGAUUAUGUUUUGCUUGGACAUUUGCAUAAGAGGCUAUUCCAGUAAAACAUAAAACCGACGUGGGUGGGGGGAAGGCAAUUAUUUAAAUAUUAUUAUGGGUGGGUGUCUGUUUUGGCUUAUUUGGACCCUUAAAGGGUGAAUUUGCUUCUGUAGGGGGGUGGUAUAUAAUUUUAAAAGUGCCUUCCCCCCGGGGAUUAUAUUUUUAAAUGGAAUAGCCCUAAGAAAAUUAAGGAAGUACCUUGAAAUAGAUAUAAAUGAAUUUGGAAACAAUUUGAAAAGGGUCUUAGAGCCUCUUUAUUAUGUUGAGGGACAGUUAACUUGUACUUUAAUAUGCUAUUAUCAUUGUCUUGAAAAUUUUAAUAUAAUGUAUAACAUUGGCUGUUUCUCUUCAGACAGGCAAAUUAAUAGUAUUUCUUGCAUGCAUGUGCAAUAGUGUGAACUAGAGUCAGCAAUAUUUUGGUGCACUAGAUUAUAAACAGGGUUAAAGUCAGUUUACUUAAUUUAAGAAAAUUACAUUUUAUUAAAGGGACUAGACACCAGAUGAUACAACUGCAAGGAAAAAUGAAAAUUGUCAAAAACUUAUGUAAAAAUGAAUCUUACUUACUGAUGUACACAUCGCUUAUGGCACUUGUUUCUUUUAAAGUUUUUGAGAAUCUUUCAAAUUUCGAAAUUUACUGGGUUUGUCUACCACUUAGUUACCAGUAAAUUUAAAAAUAGCGUCUGUAUAUGUUUCUGUACUAAUCACUUUACUUUCACAAGCUAAAUUUACACACUAUAAAUUAGGAAACCAAUAUGUGCUAUUUUUAACCAAGCUUACUCAGCUGAGACAAAUUUUUCAAUAUUCUCUUAAUCAUGUAAAUUGAUGUAUUAUAUGCCUCAUUCUAAGUCAUAUGGACAAUUAUAGGCUUGUUUUGAGGAAAUACUGCAUUUUCCCAUUUUUGGACCAUCUGGUGUCUAGUCCCUUUUAAGACUUGACAAGUGUUGUAAAUGUCCGAUUUAGAUGUGUGGCAGGGUGAACAGAUUUCAUAUCAAAUUUAAGAGAAAAACAAAGGUUAGAACAUUAUCAGACUAAGGCCCGAUUGAUGAGAUAUUUUUUUAAAGUUAACAAUAUUGUUAACAUCUUUGUUGUUAAUUUUCAAAUCUUAACUGUUCUGGAAGUUUAAUGGAUACUGUGGCCUUGUGAUCUGCUGUAUUUUCCAUCACGAUUUGAUGAAAUUUUAUAGGUGUGUUUGUUCAUAUUUUAACAUACCAGUACAUCAUAAAAAAAAUCACAUUUAAAAGUUAACAACAAUGUAGCAUGUUGUUAACUUUAACAAAGUUCUGAAAAAUCUGCCCUUAGAGUUAUAAUUUACAGUGUCAUUUAAAUGAACACAAGUCCAUAGGGCGAUGCAAUGUUAGCAAAAUGUUCCGAAGCUUUUUCAAUGUUAAGAUGUUGUAAAUCAGGACCUAGUCUCACUCUGUUUCAAUUUUUCAAAGGGCGAAUAUUUUGUAAAGCAUAAUUUUGAGGGCUUCUUCACCUUUUUUUUUACAUUUUGUUGACUAAUAUUCAAUAUAGUGUUUGCAAAAUCUGUCAGAUCAUGCUUGACUAGCCAAGUCUGGUAAAGUUUGAGUGGGUGGGGUAAAAAAAUAUGCCAAAUUUACUAUGAAAACUUACUAUAAUUAGGGAAAACAUCAUUAAAGAUUUUAAGAAUCAAAUUGUCUAUAAGACUGAACACAACGCAUUGGCUGGAACUGACAUGUGAAAUCAUUAUAGACACAAAAAAAAAAAAAAAAGUUAUUUCUGGAAAAAAGCUUGAAUUUUUUGGAUAUGUCUGAAUUUCUGCUUUUGUUGUUAAUGUGCCUUUGUUAAUAUAAUUUUAUGUACAUGUAUCAUAUUACUGCAUUAAAUAAAUAUGCUUUGAACAAUGUGUAGAUGGUAGUAGCUUUCUAUGUUUACACUCAUAAUUUAAGUCAUUAAAAUAAUAUGCAUUUUAGGUAAUUAGAUUGAAAACAUAAUAUUCAAAUCCAAUUUCAUGAACGUCGCUUUGGUGCACUUUGGAUACAGAAACAAAAUGGCCCAAAGUGCAAUAACCCAAUAGCUCCAUAUAGAAACAGAAGCACAAAUUGAGUUCUUGCAUUAUUGGGACUAAAAGUCAUAUUAAAUGAAGUAACCAUUUUAGAUUCAGUCUUCAGAAAUUAAAAAAUCUUUUUUCAGAAUUAUAUCAUAUCUUUGUUAUGAGUUGUUGAAAGUAAUAUGUAUUUGAAAUAAAUUGUUCACAUAAUUGUUUUUCAUUUAAGGAAUGAAUUGGGGCAAUUCAUUCCUUAUAUUUACACCAAAAGUUCAUUAUUUCAUUCAAGAAUUGUUAAAAAAAAUACUUCAUUUCAUUUAAGAAAAGCUUUCAGUAAUCCGUUCUUACCCAUUCUGUAAAUAAAACGACCCGACUGUAACCGGAAACAUUUUUUUCAAAUGACGUCACAAUAACGCGGGAAAAGAUCAACCACUUGAAAUCACUUAAAAACGUAAAAUUAAAACAAUUCUGGUACCAAUAUAUAUGAAAUAUAAUAAACUUACACUUUGAAAAAUGUUGAUCUAUAUUUUACGGGACUUGCAGACACAAUACAACCAAUAACAAGAUCAAUAGCUUUCAUGUAUAUUGUUACGAUCCGAACAUAUCCGAAGAUGUCGCGUUCAUCGAUUGAUGAACGCAAUUGCCGAAAGGCAGUUCAUUAAAGGAACGGAAGUUGAGGUGUAAAUAUACCAUUAUGAGUAGAUUUCAGGAUUUUUUUUUAAGUUUUUAAGCACUAUGUUUUUAUUUUAACAUACUAGCUCAGCAUUACUCACACAAUCUUAUGACCAUGAGAUGAUAUAUGUAUGAGAUAUAAUAUAAAGACAGCUCAAUGUAGUAGCAUUAUGUAAUAGUCGCUGUGUACACCCAUUAGCGGAGGUUUUGGAAUUAUUCAUGAUUGCUUCUGGGAGACUGUAUUAUUUCAGUGAUGAGAAAAAUGGGUCAUUAAGUAUUAACUGUUUUGUACCAUUUUAUAAAAGGACAUAAUGUUCAAUAACCCGAGAGUGUAUAAGUGAUUCACCCAUAAUCUGAGUUUUUGGAAUUAUUCACGAUCGCCUCUGCAAGGGCGUAUUAUUUCAAUGAUAAGAAAAAUGGAUGAAGUAGCUGUUUUGUACAAUUUUGUAAAGGACAUUUUUCAAUAACUACUGUGUGCAUAAGUGUAUUAAGUUGUUUAACUUAUCCACAUGUUUCAAGACUUAUUGUACAGUUUAGCUCCGCCUUCUUUUUACUGUUCUGAUAUGGGAAUUAAUGUAUAGACAAAAAUACAACAUGGUACAAUGUGUGUUAUGAAGUAGAUAUUUUAAGACUGAUAAAAAAUGUAAACCAUAAUUAUAUUAAACUGCAUUAUCUUUGUUUUAAUUCAGUAUGAUCAUUAUUAUUCUAAGAAUUCAUGUAAUACUGUUUAUAAUAGCAUACUUUGGAUUGUUUUUAGUGAUCAAAUUGUUACGGGUUGAUCACCUGAUAAAUUACUGGGAGAUUUAAAACAUAAAAAAUGCUUAUAUAUGUGCCUUUAUAUGAUACUGUCUAGUCAUAAUUUAGCUUGUCAAGUUUAUAAAAAGAGAAAGAGUUGAUGUAUUGUCAUAUCCCUGGCAACUUUUUCAUUGGCAUUAACUCAUGUUAAACUUUGUUUGCCGGCGUACCCAUAUUUGACCUUUAUUGCUGGCAUACCCAUUUAUAACCUUUUUUGUCUGCAUACCCAUAUUUAACCCUGCAAAACUCCAAAACCUUAAAGAUAUUCCAAAUUGAAUGUUUAAACUUGCUACAAGUGUUGCCAGAUAAAAUACACACUCAUACUGAAAGGCAGAUAACUCUUUCUUUACUAAUUGUUGAGUUAUGCCCCUUUUUAUAUUAAAAAUCACCAACAAAGUUGAUGGUUGCUUGCUUCCCGGCACUUUUGUAUAGCAUAGGCCUUAUUUAUUACAAUUAAAGCACAUUAAAGGCAACCAUCCCUGAGAGAAGUUUUAAUUCUGUAUGUAAAUAAAUGAACAUUUGAACAAAGUGUUAGAUGCACGUGUUCUUAUUUGUAGUGUUGGGAAUCGGUUCCAGUUCGACUAUCGAUAAUGGGUUCCCCUCAAGUUACCAAUUAUCAAUAGAACAAUCGUUUUUUUACACCUUUGGAUACCUUAAUUGUAGUUUUAUUAUUGUUUAAUAACUCUUAAUGCUUAAGUUAUGUGCAUGUCUGAAAUUAUUUAGUGCUGUUGUUGCUUUUGGCCAUAUUGUCAACAAUAACAACUUUAAACACUUCUAAAUGUAAAAAAUGAACUCAAAGGAGAAAACUUACGGUAAUUUACUGUAAGGACAAAAAACGUUUAUUGAAACGGCCCCCCAGGGCACUAAUUUCUUGCCACAACAGGGUUAUUUGCCUUUAAACACUCGCCAGUUGUCCUGCAAAGAAAUCAAAUUUCAUAUCAGCUUGUACACCUUAUAAUUAUAUUAAUGAAAUGUAUGUGUUCAAAUGACAUGGCGCCAUUGUAUUUAAACGCAUUUAAAAUAGUUAUACUUAUAUGAACAAAAUUGCGUGUUAACAAACUUGUGCAUGUGUUAUGAUAAGAUCAAAAUUGUAUUACAAAAACAUGAUCCAUUUGUUGGUUAUGGUUAAACGUUUGUUAUCAGUUUUGUUGUUGAUUGUUAACUGUUGUAAUAAACGUUCCACUUUUUUUCGAGUGGUAACAUCCACGGUUAAAUUCUAUAAUAAUUGUUUAUGUAUUAAUUGAAUAGUUGAAUUUAAUUUCAAUUCUAUGAAAAGACUUGAUUGGACAGGGUUGGUAUCGCAAAAAAUCAAUCCUGACUUUACAUUUGAUUAGUUUUUUAGCAAAUCUUUGAAUGAAGGGAUCACAAAAGUUGCAAUGAUAAUAUAUAAGAAAUAAUCAUUAAAACAAAAUUAAUUCGGGCAAAACAGCUAAAAAAAGAUUUUUCCCAUAGAAAAUAAAACCUUUUACCCCGUGACUCGCCAAAUUUAAAACAACUCUUUGGAUAUGAUAUGAAUCUAAACAACUUUUAUUUAAGCUUCACUCUCACAGAUUUACCCUUUUUACAACUUUUGUAUUUUUUGUCUUGGAAAUGGCAAAUUUUUGCGUAAAUAUCUCCAAACCAAUGAUAUAAGAUUGCUGACAAAAGAUCAGAUCGCAGUUUUUCAUAAUUCCGUUUGUAAAUUAAUGUUUUAUGGCUUAAACCGUUACUAACGGCUAAAGAAAAAUGCAUAAAACAUCAGUUUUUGAACUUAAAUGUAAAAAUCUGCGAUCUAUUUUUUUGUCAGCAGUCUUAUAUAACUGGUUUACAUGGAUUUUCUCAAAAUUUGGCUCGUUCGAAGACAAACAAUAAAAAAGUCUGUGAGAGUGCAGCUUUAACAAUCAAUUUGCCCCUUUUUAACUAUGAAGUGGACUUUAAAUCUGAUGAAUGUUUUAAUCAAAGUGUUAUGUUGAUAUUGUUUUGCUUUGUGAAUGUUAAUUUUUCUUGUGAUUUUGUCUGAAUUAUGACUUGAUGUGUAACAUCUUUGUUUUAUGUUUUUUUUCUCUCUGAAUAUUUUUAUUAGACCAGCUUUUUGUGUAUUUCUUCGCGUAUGACAUACAAACCAAUUGUACAAUAAUAUUGUAAUUGGAGGAUAUUACAAUUAUGGUCAUUCAAUGCAGCAUUUAUUAAACAAGUAUGAAUUGAAUGACCACAAUAUUUAAUGAUAUUCUAUUAACAUCAAUUUGUCACCCUAGUGCAAUAACACAAUAACUGCAAAUAGAAAUAGAAGCAGAUAUUGAGUUCUUGCAUUAAGGUAAAAAUGUUAUGUACCAAGUUGAUUUUUUACAGCGCUAAAUACAUAAAACGGCACUUAAUAAUGAGUGCACAGUCAUUUUCAAUGCCAUAAAACUGUCAAACGUUAUAACACUAAGUUAUGGAUCAAAACUAUAUAUUGACGUUAUUUUAUGAUGUUUAUGUACAAGAUCUGAUUGAAGGAAUUUUGUUUUUUGUCCGUUAUAAUUAAUGUUAGUUACCGUAUAUUUAACCGACUACACUUGAUCUAUUACCAGGGGCCAUGAUUACGAAACGGUCUCAAGUCCAAGUCUAGACUCAGACUCAGACUCAGAAAAACAUUUUUAUUAAAUUUGUAAUAAAGAAUCAUUUUUAUUCCAUUGAAUAUCGUUUUACAAAAAUAAAUGAAAUGUACAAUUUUGAAUAGUAAUAAAAUUCGGCAAUUGUCAUAAUCAAAAUUCAACUAGAAAGAUAGUUACAAUGUGGUAAAGAUUUGCAAUAUUGCCACUUGAGCGUACUAAAAAAAGUGGUAAAAACGGUAAAUCUGUGAGAGUGCAGCUUUUAGACUUGAAACUGUUUGUAAUCAUGGCCUCAGAGCUGUUAUCCAACAAAAAACCUUUCCAGUUUAUUUUUUGAACAACAAAACACAUGACUUUGUAUUGUAAUUUAUUACUAUUCCAGCUGUCUUGCCCUAUGUAUUAUGUUGUAUGUGGUAUAUUCCAUACAGUCCUGUAUUGUCUAAAAUGUUGGGACCAACCUGAUCUGAAUUUGUGAUGUAUACAUUUUGUAUUCAAGAUCUGUAGACCAAAAUUAGCUUUUUACAACAAGAUUAGCUUUUUACAAUUACAAUCUCUGAUUUAUAUUUUGUUCUUAUUUUUAUAUUGUGAAGAAUUAAAAUUUUAAACUGUG